GCGACGGCGGCGACUUGCGGCAGCGAAGUGACUUACGGCCGCCCCGCCCCCCUUGGGGAGCGCCCGUUGGUGAGCGCGGAAUACGGAGGCCGGCGCGGGCCCGGGUACUGUGGGCUGGCCGUGUCGAAGCAUGACCCAGUCGGUGGUCGUACAGGUGGGCCAGUGCGGAAACCAGAUCGGCUGCUGCUUCUGGGAUCUGGCGCUAAGAGAGCACGCCGCCGUCAACAAGAAAGGGAUUUAUGAUGAGGCAAUAAGCAGCUUCUUUAGAAAUGUGGAUACCAGAGUGGUUGGUGAUGGUGGCAGUAUUUCCAAAGGGAAAAUUUGUUCUUUAAAAGCACGUGCUGUCUUGAUUGACAUGGAGGAAGGGGUAGUAAAUGAAAUUCUUCAGGGACGAUUGAGAGAUGUAUUUGAUAGUAAGCAGCUCAUCACUGAUAUUUCUGGCUCAGGGAAUAAUUGGGCUGUGGGUCACAAAGUGUUUGGCAGUCUUUAUCAGGAAAAGAUUUUAGAGAAACUCAGAAAGUCAGCAGAGCACUGUGAUUGUUUGCAGUGUUUUUUUAUAAUACAUUCCAUGGGAGGAGGAACAGGAUCUGGACUUGGCACAUUUCUUUUAAAGGUGCUCGAGGAUGAAUUCCCAGAAGUAUAUAGAUUCGUGACUUCAAUUUAUCCUUCUGGUGAGGAUGAUGUCAUAACCUCACCUUACAAUAGCAUCUUGGCAAUGAAGGAACUUAAUGAGCAUGCAGACUGUGUUUUGCCCAUUGACAACCAAUCUUUAUUUGACAUCAUUAGCAAAAUUGACCUCAUGGUGAAUUCUGGAAAGUUGGGUGCAGCUAUAAAGCCAAAGAGUCUGGUUACCUCAAGUACUGGAGUUUUUAAAAAGCGGCAGGAGAAACCUUUCGAUGGAAUGAACAGCAUUGUGGCCAAUCUGCUGCUCAAUUUAACAAGCUCUGCCAGGUUUGAAGGAUCCCUUAAUAUGGACCUGAAUGAAAUCAUCAUGAAUUUAGUUCCUUUUCCUCAACUGCAUUAUCUUGUUUCAAGCCUAACACCUCUGUAUACACUGGCAGAUGUUAACAUUCCUCCUCGAAGGUUGGAUCAGAUGUUUUCAGAUGCCUUUAGUAAAGAUCACCAGCUAAUUCGAGCUGACCCCAAACAUAGUCUCUACCUCGCCUGUGCCCUCAUGGUUAGAGGAAAUGUACAGAUUUCUGAUCUUCGCAGAAACAUUGAAAGAUUAAAACCUUCUCUACAGUUUGUCUCCUGGAAUCAAGAAGGCUGGAAGACCAGCUUGUGUUCAGUACCUCCCGUGGGCCAUUCCCAUUCAUUAUUAGCGUUAGCAAACAACACCUGCGUGAAGCCUACCUUCAUAGACCUGAGAGAGAGAUUCAUAAGGCUCUACAAGAAGAAGGCUCAUCUUCAUCACUAUCUACAAAUUGAAGGGAUGGAGGAAAGCUGUUUCACAGAAGCCGUGUCAUCUUUAUCAGCACUUAUACAAGAAUAUAACCAACUGGAUGCCACAAAAAGCAUGCCUGUGGAAGAUUUACCUAGACUAAACAUAGCUAUGUGAAAAAGAAACCCCAAAGAUAAAACUUCUUUUUAAUUUCACAUUUUUGCCCCCUUACCUUUCUGUUUCAGAAUUUUUGUGAUUCAGAAGGCCUAAUGUGUUUUUCAUAUUGGGAAGACUGUCUUUAGAAUGGUUUCCACUUAAUUACAAUUUGUUGAUACCGUUGUGUGAAAUUAGCUAAGUACUAGUGCCUUAACAUCAAACAUUUGUCUUCCAAAAAAGUCUUGUUUUCUAAAAUUGAGAGAACAGAGCUCAACAUUUUACUUUAUUUAUAGUCUCAUAUUUAGUCAUUUAUACAGAGAUAAUCAUGUCUGCAAUAAAAAAAUCUUGUAUAGA